AGCAAAACUGAAUUAAAAAAUAAAUAAACUUGCGGUUGGGAAAAAGGGGAGUAGAAGAAAAGAAAAGAAAAGGGAAAAAAUAAGGCAAACUUAUAUGCCACCAGAGACAGGAACCGAAUUUUCAUAUCCCGCGUUAUCAAUCCAAACAUCACAUUUUCGACAUAAUUUGUGAUUCUGAGGCAUCUGAUCAAAGCCCCGGACUGUGUUUUUGUAGUAAGUUAUGUCCUCAGUUCGUCUGGUGGCUCAGACAACGCACCCAGAACCCGAGAAACUAGCUUUGCUUAUUGAUCAAAGCAAAAACAUCAAACAUCUAAAACAAAUCCAUGCACUCCUUCUCCGUCGUGGCCUUGAGAGCUAUCCAGUUUUAAAUCUCAAGCUCCAGCGUUCCUACUCUUCCCUAGGAUAUGUUCAGAACUCUGUGGCACUAUUUAACCUUACCCAGAAUCCUGACGUUUUCUUUUACACUGCCAUAAUCCGUGGCCAUGCCAUAAACGGUCUCCAUGAACGAGCUCUUAACUUUUAUGUACAAAUGCUUAUUGAAGAGAUAGAGCCUAAUGCAUUUACACUGUCUACUGUCCUCAAAGCUUGUACACUGGAAACUGGGAAAGCCCUCCAUUGCCAUGCUCACAAAUUCGGCCUUGUCUCGGAUAGUUAUGUCAGAACUGCUCUCAUUGACAUUUAUGCAAGAGGCGGGGACAUUGUCCUGGCUCGUAGACUCUUUGACUCAAUGGUUGAGAGGAACUUGGUUACUUUCACUUCGAUGAUUACUGGAUAUGCAAAAAAUGGGGAUGUUGAUGAGGCAAGGGAAUUGUUUGAUGGAAUGGAAGAGAGGGAUGUGGUGAGUUGGAACGUCAUGAUUGAUGGUUAUGCUCAACAUGGGAGGCCGAAUGAGGCCAUAGUUCUCUUCAGGCAGAUGAUGAAGGCUAAGCUGAAGCCCGAUGAAGCUACCAUGGUGGCAGUUCUCUCUGCCUGUGGUCAGGUGGGAGCACUAGGAUCAGGCCAGUGGAUCCAUUCUUACCUUGGCUAUCGAGCUACUUUCAAUUGUCGGGUGGGGACUGCUCUGAUCGAUAUGUACAGCAAAUGUGCAAGUUUAGAGGAUGCCAGGAAGGUGUUUGAUGGAAUCAAAGACAAGGAUGCUGUUGUUUACAAUGCAAUGAUUGGAGGCUACGCGAUUCAUGGAUUCUCACAAGAUGCGAUGAAGCUGUUCAAGGAAAUGCCUGAGGUGGGACUCCACCCUACUGACAUAACCUUCAUCAGCGUUUUGAGUGCUUGUGCACACGCCGGAUUGAUCUCGGAGAGCUGGGGGCUUUUCAACGCGAUGAAAGAUGAAUACGGCAUUCAGCCGAAGGUAGAGCACUACGGAUGCAUGGUGAAUCUUCUAGGUCGUGCUGGACAUCUAGAAGAAGCAUACGAGCUGGUGAAGAGCAUGAGCAUAGGUGCUGACUCUGUUUUAUGGGGAGCAUUGCUCAAUGCAUGUAGGCUUCACAAGAACAUUGCUUUAGGAGAAAAGGUCGUGCAGUUCCUUCUGCAACGCGGUCUUGCACAUUCAGGAACGUACGUCCUUCUUUCCAACAUAUACGCUGCAGCAGGAAAUUGGGACGGCGUGGCAAGAACAAGGGCUAUGAUGAAACAAAGUGGGGUUCAGAAGGAGCCAGGGUGUAGCUCAGUUGAAGUGAACAACAAGGUACACGAGUUUCUCGCUGGCGACACGAAGCACCCGAAGAGCAAAGACAUUUACGCGAUGCUGGAAGAGAUGAACAAGUGGCUCAAGGCUCACAGGCACGCCUCACAGACAGAAGAAGUUUUACACAACAUGGACGACGAGGCUGAGAAGGAGCGUUCCCUUAAGGUUCAUAGCGAAAAGCUCGCUCUCGCAUUCGCUCUUAUUAGCACGAAGCGAGGAACCACAAUCAAGAUUGUUAAAAACCUCCGAGUUUGUCCGGAUUGUCAUGCGGUGAUGAAGCUCGUCUCGAAGAUCACGGGGAGGAAGAUCGUCAUGAGGGAUCGCAACAGGUUUCAUCAUUGUGUUGAUGGCUGGUCUCUGCAUCAAUGUCCUGCAACAGAGAGACAUGGUGAGUGACCUGAUCUUCAUCAUCCACAACUUGCAACACUCUUGCAGACUCCCUAAACUCGAAGCUGUAGGCGGCGAACAUCCUCACGAUCAAGACCUGCGCGCGCUUCCCCAGCGUGGCCUUCCUGAGCAGGCCGCGGAACUCUGCCAGAAUCUCCUUGAGUUUAUCCCGGACGACGUCCAGCAGCAACGCGCCGCACUGCGCGCAGAAGCUCGCGGCCACCUCAACAUCAUCGUCGGAGCUCAGGAGGAGCAUCAGCACGUUCAGCGCCAGGUGCUCGUAGACGACCCUCUGGUUCACGAGCUGCGCCAGGAACGCCGAGGCGGUCUGCAUCCGGUCCCUGUCCCGGCGGCCGUGCGCGGCCUUGAACUGCAGCACGGCUCUCUUGACGAGCAGGUGUCCGACUUGGGGGAAUCUGGAGUUGAUUAUUGCGGCCAGCGCGGCGUGGACGUCGGUGGAGUCGGGGGAUUCCGACUGCAGUUUGAUCAGCGUUUGACAGAAGAAGCCUCUGGCGGCGACGAUGUUCUCGGCCAGGAUUUGAUCGGCCACCAACGCCACGUUGGAGGCGCUGGCCUUUCCGACGAGCCUCGCGAUUCUUUUCUGCAUUGAGAGCCACUCUGAUUCUGUGAGGGGCGUGGUGUCGUCGCGAGUAACAGCAGAGUGCAUUGAAUCCGAAUCCGAAUCCAUUGAUGGAGCGUCGUCUAUCUCUCUCUGUUUCUGAGGAAGUUGUUGAAUAGCAAAGAUUUGGUUUUGAUAUUUGGAGUAUUUAUAGGGAGUGGAUCUCUAACCCUUGGUUUGGGGUGCAAGUAACAAGAAUCCGAGAAAAUCUCGAUAUUAUUAUUUGAACCUUUUCAACUUCAAA